AUGCCAUUACGGGCUGUCGCCGAUCAGCUUCGAUACAAGUUACGGCGACGACCUUCCACCUUUUUACAUGGAAAGCAACAUGGGAUCGCUCCACCAUCGCCACCCAUCACUGAGGAAUUGCCCAGUCCACGAUACGCUCCUGUUUCAUCGAAGCGUGCCAGUUCUCAUCGCCACAGUGAAGAUACCCCUGCGUCGCCACCAGCAGCAGUGGACACAACAGCGGCACCAACACCUCCUUUAAAGUCACCUUCUAGGAGACAUCAUGGACACAAGCAGCCAAAAAAAGAAUAUCCUCCCUCUUCAGAUACGCUUGUUCAUGGUAUUGGCGACUAUCAUUUCGUUGAGCAGAUUGGACAUGGCAAGUUUAGUAAAGUAUGGUUGGCUCGACAUUUCAAGUCGGGUGAUCAAGUCGCUAUCAAGAUUAUUGACAAGCGAGCCCACGAAUAUAGAGUCAUGUCUCGAUUGGUGAGAGAGGUGGCACUCAUGGAAAUCUUGGAUCACAAGAACAUCAUUCACCUGUAUGAAACAUAUGAGACGGCGGACUCCCUUUACAUUGUCAUGGAAUACGUUCCUGGUGUCAAUCUCGACGAGCAUCUCAAACAAUCCAAUGGCCAUUUAUCAGAAGAAGAAGCAAGGCAUGUCUUUCGCCAAUUGGUGGCUGCUGUGGAUUAUUGUCAUCGGCAUUGGGUGGUGCAUCGUGAUAUCAAGACACCCAAUGUAUUAUUGAUGCCGGGUGGUGAGAUCCGUUUGGCCGAUUUUGGAUUAGGCAAUCGGUACGGGCCGCAUCAACGAUUAAAGACCCUUUGUGGGUCCAUGCUUUAUUACAGUCCAGAAAUCUUUACGGGUCAACGAUAUACUGGUCCUGAGGUGGAUUGUUGGUGCUUGGGUGUAUCGCUUUUUCGAAUGACUGCUGGAUUUGAGCCGUUUGGUCAUGCUCGUGAUCAAGAACAACUCAAAAAGUAUGUGGUAAGCGGGAAUUAUCCUAUGCCAGAGAAUCUCAGUUCUGGCCUCCAGGCAACCAUUCGCAAGUGUCUCACCGUGGAUCGCCGGAAGCGUAUGGGAGUACGACAAGCUCUCAAAGAUGACCCUUGGUUGAAUGAUUAUGGCCGACUUGAAGAUCUCUUUGAGCAUGAAGAUCACAUGAGUAGUGAUGAUAAGGAUACAACGGCAAAAUUGGAACGAGAACGUAUACGGCAACGGUACCUGAGAGAUCUCGAAGAGGAAAAAAGCCGUGGACGCCAUGUCAGAAAGACGAUCCUGUAUCACCCUAUCAGCCCAUCAAUUUAUUUCACCAGCCGAUCUGUGCAAUACACGCCGUACUCAAAACGCGACCAUAUUGUGCAAUCACAAGAGAUGUUACAAAAGCAGCUGAUCAAGCAAGUGCGUGGUGAAUUACAACAAGCACAAUUACAUCCAUUAUCAGCAGGUCAUGAUAUGCAAUCACCUAUUCAUCGACUAUUACGCAAACUUAAAGUGUCGACGACUACUAAUGGCACAUCCGGAACCGAGCCGACAAAACGAUUGAAAAAGACCGCCUCCACACUCAGCCUUUCACAAUUGUAUCAGCGUGUUGCCAAAGAUCAAAUCACCUAUUACACCUUACAACCAGACAUUUACAAACAACAACAACAACAGCCACACGACCACGCAGGCGUGGUGCCUCUAUCGCGUGAAGAAACACUUGUACAGCUUGUGAGGUCGGCAUGUGGAUUGCUUGGGAUUGUGUAUCGACACGACACUCCGCUACGAUUGGUGUGCGUAAUGAACAUGCAACGUAUCACCACGCCACAAAGUGCUUCGAAUGCUUUCUAUGGAGGAGACCAACAACAGCAACAACAGCGUCACCAAAUUAAAGCAAGCAACUCAACACCCAUGUUGAAUCAGCAACACGAUGCUCAGCGUAGUGGAUCAUUUGCAACGAUGGAUGGUACUACGGGUGGCAAAAGCAGCUUAUUGAGUAAUGCAAGUACACGGACGAGUAGUCGAUGGAGCAGAGCUAUCAAACGCCUAUCAUCACCCUUUACCCAUAAUCCCGAUGAAACCGUCAUGAUGCCAUGGUCACAAUCCUUUCACUUUCAAUCCUCGAUGGCCAAUAGUACGCAAUUCCGUUACCCACAGCAACAACAUACGAUGCCACAAUCCUCAUCCAAUACUCCUCCUCCACCACCUCCGCUACAACAUGCGUCAUUUUCAGAACCUGAUCAAGACAAUGAACAGCAUACUACGGCCAUAUUUGCUAUCGAGGCAUUUGCAUCAUCAGAGGAUGGCACGGUGGUAGGAUUGCGGUUUUCUAAAAUGGAUGGCUCCAACAAAGUGUUCAAGUAUGCCAAGGGCUGGGUCACUGGUGUUCUUGCCUAUCAUGUACAAGUGCCUUUGUGA